AGUACUGGACACACCAAACUCCACACACACCCCGCCGCCGCCGCUUAGGGUUCCGUCCCCAUGACCAUCGCCGACGCAAUGACGCCGCGGCGGCGCUCAGGCUCGUCGCCUCUUCCGUGGCCGGCGCGCUCUUCUACCUGUGGCUCGCGAUGAUGUGGGUCGCCUCCGCGAGCGCCGUUAUCAUGGUCAUCGGGCGCCGCGUGCUGCCUGAGGGUUCCCCCGUGCUCUUGGUGCUGUACACGUUCCCCUUGUACACCAUUUCCCUCGUUUUCCUCCUCAGCCCCGUCGCCAUCAUGCUUUUCGCCCUGCGCUGCUGGACGAUGGGCUCCAAGUCCAACGACACCAACGACUACACCGACGAGGCCAAGGAGCCCGCUGAAGAGCGCCCUCGCCAGAUACUUGGAGCUGGAGUGAUUAUACGGAAGAUGCUCCAGGACCGUAUCAUCCUUGGAAUGCUCGUUGCUUUUCCUUUCAAUUGUCUCAUGCUUGCUGGUUCUGAGGUGAUGGAUACUUCGCCUGAGAAAGGAUCUCAGCGGGAACGAAUUGGUUCCAUGAUGAAGGAUUUGGGGCUGUUGGGCACCAAUGCAAGUAUUUGUUUCAUCAGUUUACCCGCUAUGGCAUUGAAGGUGUGGAGGAUGAAGCAGGGACGUGACCUGAUUAGGUUGUUCUGUACCUGCUGAGGACGGCAACGCUGCAAAAGCCGACACCGAAGUUUAAUUACCCAGCAACCAGAAGACCCAGGAAUGCUACUGUUAAAACAAUGUACUGCCCGUCGUUUUCUGAACCACUCUUGGCAUGUCAUGUAACUUAACUACCACUUUACCUCUAGCUGCUAAGCUAGCGCACUUUGUAGCUUUGGUCUUUGUGAUGCCACGUUAGACUUCUCGGCACGCACAGAAUGCGCUCCCGACGCCUCCUGGAUUUGCUGCUGAACUUCCUUGGUUCCUUGAACACUGAUGAUUAG